AUGGCAUGUAUAUGUUUUAAGGCAUGUGCCACCAAUACCCGGCACAAAAAUUUAAUUUUUAAAUUUCUUACAACUACAUUUCUUCUGGCAUACAUAUUAGCUCAUAAUUCUGUAAUGAUAAUUUGUAUCAUGAUGACUUUAAGCCCCUCCUUGGGCUCCCCAAUGUACUUCUUCCUUGCUUAUCUGUCAAUCAUGGAUGCUGUUUAUUCUACUGCCAUCUCACCCAAGUUGAUUAUGGACUUACUGUCUGAAAAAAAGACCAUCUCAUUCACAGCUUGCAUGGGUCAACUCUUUACUGAUCAUUUAUUUGGUGGUGCUGAGGUCUUCCUGCUGCUGGUAAUGGCCUAUGAUCGCUAUGUAGCCAUUUGUAAGCCUCUUCACUAUUUGACCAUCAUGAAUCGGCAAAUUUGCAUCCUUCUGUUGGUGAUAGCCUGGGUUGGUGGCUUUGUACAUUCUGUGAUUCAACUUGCUUUUGUGUCUACUCUCCCUUUCUGUGGACCCAAUGUCAUUGACCACUUUAUCUGUGACAUGUACCCACUCUUGACACUUGCAUGCAGUGAUACAUACUUCAUUGGUCUUACUGUGGUUGCGAAUGGUGGAGUAAUCUGUAUGGUCAUUUUUAUUCUUCUCCUAAUCUCCUAUGUAUUCAUCCUAAGAUCUCUUAACAACUAUAGUCAAGAAGGGAGACGGAAAGCCUUGUCCACCUGCAGCUCCCACAUCACUGUGGUUGUGCUUUUUUUUGUCCCCUGCAUUUUUAUUUAUGUUAGGCCAGUGUCUAACUUUCCCAUUGAUAAGUCAAUAAGUGUAGUUUUUACAGUUAUCACUCCCAUGCUGAACCCUUUAAUAUAUACUCUGAGAAAUUCAGAGAUGAAAAAUGCAAUGCAAAAACUCUGGUGUAAAACAACAACUAUAGGCAGAGUCAGAGCGCACUCCCCACACUGA